UGUCUUAAGACGUCUACCUGGUACCAUCAAGAAGCUUUCGAGGCUGGCAUACUUGAAUUUGGCAUGUUGCGAUUAUCUUCAAGGAUUACAUGAGCUCCCAUUUGAUAGUGCACCAUCAGGGGGAAGGUAUUUUCAAACGGUAUCUGCAUCUCGUAACCAUAGGUCAGGAUUGUAUGUUGUAAACAAAUACAAUAUGCUUAGGAUGAAAUUAUUUGAUUGCAUGCUGGCUGCUCUCUCAUGGUUUGCAAGACUUGUUGAGCAACCUUGUCAUUUCCGAUGUGGGUUUGACAUCAUUAUUCCUGGAAAUAAGAGUGGUGGAAUUCCAGGAUGGUAUUUCAAUCAUCAGUUUAAAGCUGGGUCAGCUGUAAGGGUAGUGGAUUACGAUGAUCCAGAUGACAACUGGCUUGGCGUUUCAUUUUAUGUUACAUCUCAGCGUGUUCUAGAUAAUUGUACUCCACCUGGACAGCUAUGGCGUCAUUUUUAUCUUUCUUUUGAAAGUGAGCACAGAAGAAUAUUUUGAUAUGCCUUCUAUAGUCGAAUACCAUCUGGAUUCUGUACCUGGGGUAACACAUCCUUGGAUAAUCUAUGUCUCUCGGGUGCAUUGCCAUUUUGUGAAAACUGGAGCCCGUAUAAGAUGUAAAGCCUGCAAGGGAUUGAAGUUGCAGAAAUGGGGGUUUCGCAUGGUGUUCAAACAAGAUAUAGAGGAACUGAAGAGGAGGUUAAAAAGUAAGGAUAUUAAAAAGCACAGUCCUAUCUUUGAUUCUUCCAGAUUGGUCAUUGAGACUGAGUAUGUUGAUGAAGACCCAAGUAGCAGUUCAGAGUCGAAGAUCAUGCUUCCUUAUAAUUGGUUGGUUACCGACGAAGAAGAAAAUGAGAAGAUGGAGGCAAAGGUCAAAGAAGAUGAUCUCUCUAAUUUGGGCCUUAUAUAGAUACUACACAGAAGCACUCUUAAAAGAGCAAUACUAGGGGGCCAGCAAUAUUUGUGAUUGGUAGCCAUCAACUAGCCAUUAAUGAUGAUUUGAUGGUGUGAGAUUGGUGUGAGAUAUCAUCCAAUGACUCACAUUUCUCUGCUGGUUACAUGCUGGCCAAAAUGCAAUAAAAUUGCUGGCCCCCUAGACUUUUCCCUCUUGAAAAUAUACAUCAUCUUGUUCCCCAAGAUUGCUUAGCUUGCUGCGUCCGUCUUCUGAUCUGCCUAAUUAUCACGAGGAGUUGAGUGCAACCAAUGUCCUCAUUAAGUUCAAUCCUCUAACUACAAAUAAUGAUACAGUAGUUAAUAACUGGGAAGGUUACUUGGAGAGAUGGAGAAAAUAUCCAAAUGAAGGAUAUAUGAACUCGCUGCAGGAAACAAGUUAUACAGAUCUGAAGGGAGAUGAGAAGAUAAUAUUUCUAGAUAUAGCUUGUUUCUUUGGGGGGAAAAGGAACAAGUAUGUCGAGCACAUUCUAGAGAGUAGAAUAUCAUCAGAUCCUCAUCUUGCAAUUCAAGAGAUCUGGAGGAAUUCACUCAUAAAGAUUAGGAACGACGAAAUUCAUAUGCAUCAAAUAUUACGAGAUUUGGGCAAGAAAAUUGUUCGGGGCAAUAAUACAGAAGAGCCAAAAUGCUGGUCUAGAUUGUGGGAUGCCAAGGAUUUCCAGAAAGCCUUGAACACAGACAUGAAAGGAAACGCAGUCCAGGCCAUAGUUUUGGAUGAAGAUGUCUCAAGGUUUUUCAAGAUUGAGAGAGUGUCGCAAAUGAGGCAUCUUAGACUGCUGAUAUUACAUCAGGAGAGCCCCUCAGGAAACCACAUUUUUUAUUUCAACGAGUUAUCCUAUCUUUCCUGGGAUGGUUACGCUUACGCUUCUCUGUCACUAUCCAUAUGGUUUAAUCUUGUUGAAUUGAAUUUACUAAACAGCAGCAUCGAACGACUAUGGGAUGAAGAAGAGGAAAUUCCAAAUCUAAAAAGAAUGGAUCUGAGCAACUCAAGAAAUCUUACAACCACUCCAAACUUUGUACGCUGCCAAGGACUUGUGCGGCUGGAUCUUAGUGGAUGCACAAACCUAACUGAAGUCCACGACUCAAUUCAACUUCUCAGCAAACUUGAUUACUUGAGUUUGCGAAAUUGUAGCAGUCUACCCAUUCCUGAUUUUGGCUCUAAUUGUCAGUUAGUUUCUCUAAGAACUCUGCUGCUCUCUGGCUGCAACUUCAGGCACAGGAGGCCAGAUCUGACAAGGCUUUCAAAACUUAGCUACAUUGAUUUUUAACCGUGUAUAAAAGUUUGUCCGAAGCAUGAGCCUUAAGUGAGAUCUCUUAUCUCUUGGUUGAAAAUCAUACUUUACCUUCUAAAGUGAAUUUUAAAAUUUAGAGAAUCCAAAUCCGUUAGUAUGUUUAUGUACUAUAUUUCAAAUCUCUACUCAUGUAUUUACAUUGUUUAUUUUUUAUUUGGUUUA